CUAACUACUCACAAUAAAAAUUCGCAAACCAAAAGGUAAAUUGUGAUGAUUCAGAAAAAAAAUUAUUGAUAAAUGGGUAAAUCUAAGCAAUUUAAAACGAGAAAAUUUUUAUUAAGAAAAUAAUUUCUGCAGUGUAACCUCUUAACACUGGAGUGAAAAGCAAUGGGAGUUUCCACAAAAUCGUAAAGUUUCAAGAUUUUCAAAAGAAAUGUCAAGACAAAGACAUACCUUCUCCGGCUACACCUAUGGCGCUGACGGCAACAUGGAGCCGCGGCACAAAGCUGCUCGUACGUUGCUGUCAAGAGAUCGCUCAUCCGUCCGUCGAGGAAGGGAAGGAGGAAGAUGAAUCAUCAGGGGGGUUAUUGCUUCCGUCUUUCUUUGCAUUGCAUUGCAUUUGCAUUUGCAUUUGCAUAAGAGAAGGUAGAGUAGAGGAGAUUGCGAUGUUCCAGAAGAUUGAGGAGGAUAUUGUCCGGCGGCCAGCUGGUGGGGGCUGUACAGAAAAAAAGAAGAAGAAAGGACACACAGCUGGAAGCAAUGUUGUAUGGCAGCCGGCGUUGCUCUCCAUGCCUGCUUGCCCUGCAACUGCAACUGCAACUGCAACUGCAACCACCCCAGAGUGUCAUCCUGCAGCCUGCUUGUGGUCUAAGAGACUCGUGCCGCACAGCACACACCUCAUACCCGGUACAGGGAUGUGCCCAAGCAAGUUUGGUUGUAGCUGUUCUCCUGCCAGCUUACAUCCUUUCAUACUCACACUGGAUGGGUCCAGUGCCAUGGAUCAUGAACUCAGCAGUUUACAUUUACAUAAUGCGUUAAAGCUCUUGUUCCACCGGCACAUUGCUUUUGUUCACCGGGUUUUGGCGAUUAGACUCGUUUUCAUCUUUCUCCAAGUACCGGAAUCCAAAGUGGUGCCAACUAGAAUAACUACCAAGGUAACUGCCAGACGUGCAACUCCACUACCAGAUCAUGGAGGAACAGUACCGAAAAUCAUGGAGGAGGUUCCCAGCAUCGCAGAAGACAAAAACAGAAGGAGGAAAUCAGUUCCAGACGGCCUGCCCUACACACACACUGCCCAGAGCAUGUUUUUUCAAUUUCCAGACUGCAUUUUCCAGAUUUCAGCAAUAGAUUCCAACAAGAAGCAUAAAGGGAGCGUCUUCUCUCGCAUAUGUUUCCCUGAGGAAGAGGCCAAUAAGGGAUGCAAGCUGUCCUCUGAACCUGCAUCUUCUUCUGCUCAUGACAAGGCAGCUUCCAAUUGUUACUACAAUGAACAUAAGUCAUCAUCCUCUGCUGCUGUUGCCAAGGCUGUUUCCACCGGUGUAAAGAAGAGCAGUAGCAGUGCGAUAGAUUAUGAGUCUAGCGACGAUGAGCGGCAUUUCAAGAGGAAGCCUUCAAGUUAUGAAUCAUCGCUUCCACCAAUGGCUGAGAGGGAAGAUGAGCCACGGCACUCAAAGUGGUUUAGAGAAUGAGAACGGAGCGGCUAUAGUAAACACAGAUAGAAUGUAGAAUGCUGGCUUUGGUAGUGUAGCUGCACUGCUUGCUUCUGCUUUUUCCUUUUCAUUUUUUUUUUUGGCUGCUGCUGCGUUUGCAUCCUUGGUGCAGAUGAAAAAUUGUUGGCAUAUACACAAGAAACCCACUGAUUUUUUGCAGUAAUGUCAGGUUUUUUUACUGCCCCUGUUCAAGUAAUCUUCUUGGGUUUGUUUGUUAAUCACACUAGUUGGGUUUCACUUCUUUUGUUUUUUUGGUGAACUCUAUGUUAUGAAAUUUGACAUGAUCUACUUGGAUUAAGGGUAAUUGGAUCUUGAUUUAGCUUUGGAUAUGAUUCAUUAACCUCUUGAUUUUCUGUUGCAAAUGAUGUACUGUUAAAUUCAGUUCACUUGAUUUUGUACAGUUUCCAUUAUAAUCUGAUUGGUGUUUGUUUUUUAUGUUAUUGAAUUUUUAUGAUGAUGGGUUGCUUACUUGAGUAAAUGGGUAUGGGAAAA